AUGCUUUGGCUUUUGCUCGCCUUUGCCUUUACGCAGUGCACCAACGCGACAACAUCCCGACGCAACGCCUCAAACAUCGCAGCGAACCAAAACAAGGAUCAAUACGUUUCGUACGUAUCAGACCCGGAUGGUCGUGGAACUCUGUCGCUGGUUCUGUCGUGUCUCUUGACACUGAUCUUGUGCGUGUGGUCCGCGGUGCACCCCAACGUGCCUGCACAAGAGCGCCGGGGCAGUCUCAAGGCGACGAUUUUAUUCACCACAAAAUGGGUCCUCGCCGGCAUAUACGCACCGGAGCUCGUCGUCUUUGUAGCUUGGCGGCAGUGGUGCUCGGCGCGCAUGCUCCAGAAGCACAUUGAUCAGCUGCCCGACGCAUCGUCAAAGACAGACUCCAACAGCGGCAGCGCAGAAGCUGGCUCGCAUAGGCCAAAGUGGACCAUGGUGCACAGCUUCUUUGCCUGCGCAGGAGGAUUUUCUGUCGAGUUGGACAGCUUGCGUGACGCGAUCCCCCCAUUGCAGAGCGCCGCCCAUGGCGGCACUGUCGACGAAAAAGCGAAGCCCACGCGCCUGACGCUGACGGCCCGGGGAGUGCUGUUUCUCGCUGAGAAUGGCUGGCUUCCCACUGUGUACCGAGAAGAAAUUGACGACAAAAGCAAAGCGAAUGAUCUGGCCAAGGCGACGGUCAUCAUACAAGCAACGUGGAUGCUUGUGCAGGUUAUUGGCCGCCUUGCUGCAAGACUGCCCGUCACCCUGCUCGAGAUCAACACUGUCGCUCAUGUGCUCUGCGCGUUCGGAAUGGAGCUUUCAGCAGAUCUGAUGUUCUUCACGGCGCGGGAACUAUAG